AUGCAUAAAGCAGUGAGCUGGAAAGUUGACGCAAAUGGAGACAAAUUCUGGGAGCUUUCUAAAAUGCGUCGUAUCACUAUCUCCUCCUUUCGAGGGAAGACGCUCGUCAACAUUAGAGAGUAUUACGAGAAGGACGGGCAAGAGCUCCCGGGGAAGAAGGGCAUUUCUUUACCUAUCGAUCAAUUCUCUGCUCUUGUAACAUUAUUACCAGAUAUUGAAAUGGCGCUUAAAGAGAGCGGGGAGUUUGUGCCGCGGCCAGACUAUCCUCAGGCCAAUAAAAAGCCGAACGGGGACGAUAGCAACGAAACAGACCACAGCACGGAACCUGAAAGCAAAUAUUCAAUGAAGAAGAAUAUUGAAGCAACCAGUGAGGAAGACUAG